UUGUAGCUAAUAUGAGCUAAUAUGCAUUCGUUGCUAGCUAGCUAAUGCUAGGGAAUUUCAUAAUACUUCUAGCUCACUCUGUUCAAGCAUGUUAUGGCGAACUAGAAACACAACAACUUGUCGAUACUCAGAGAGUCCAGGUCAGCCAAGAUGGUUCUGAAGGAGAUUCCAGCAGAUAACAUUGCCAGACCCUUGGGUCGCAAUGAAGUAAUUGGCUUACUUUUCCGUCUGACCAUCUUUGGUGCAGUCACCUACUUUACCAUCAAAUGGAUGGUGGAUGCCAUUGACCCAACCAGAAAACAGAAGGUUGAAGCACAAAAACAGGCGGAGAAACUGAUGCGACAGAUAGGUGUCCAGAACGUGAAACUCUCUGAAUAUGAGAUGAGCAUUGCUGCCCACCUGGUGGAUCCUCUCAGUAUGCAAAUCACAUGGAGCGACAUUGCAGGUCUUGAUGAGGUGAUCACAGAACUGAAGGACACAGUCAUACUGCCUAUCCAGAAGAGGCACUUGUUUGAAGGCUCCCGCCUCCUUCAGCCCCCGAAAGGUGUGCUUCUUUACGGCCCCCCUGGCUGUGGUAAGACCCUGAUAGCCAAAGCCACCGCCAAGGAGGCUGGCUUCCGCUUCAUCAACCUGCAGCCGUCCACACUGACAGACAAGUGGUACGGCGAGUCCCAGAAGCUGGCUGCUGCCGUCUUCACCCUGGCCAUCAAGCUCCAGCCCUCCAUCAUCUUCAUUGACGAGAUCGACUCGUUCCUCAGGAGCCGCUCCAGCUCGGACCAUGAGGCCACAGCCAUGAUGAAGGCCCAGUUCAUGAGCCUGUGGGAUGGCCUGGACACAGACUUCAACUGCCAGGUCAUUAUCAUGGGAGCCACCAAUAGGCCCCAGGAUCUGGACUCGGCCAUUUUGAGGAGGAUGCCCACCCGCUUCCACAUAAACCUACCUAAUGUCAGACAAAGAGAAUCAAUCUUGAAGCUUAUCCUGGAAAAUGAGAAUGUGGAACCGAUCGUAGACCUGUGUGAAAUUGCCCGGGAAACGGACGGCUUUUCAGGAAGUGACCUCAGGGAGAUGUGUCGGGAUGCCGCGCUACUCUGCGUACGAGACUGCGUACGCAACAGCACAGCCAGCACCGGCCAAAGUAGUCUAGAGGAGGACUUCAUGCGUCCUAUUCAGCAGCAGGAUCUGCAGAAGGCCAUCAAGAAGAUGAAGAAGUCCAAGACGGCCGGGGGACAGACUGUCCUCCUGCAUGCCGCACUGGACUAAAGUUCCCCUGAGGACAACCGUCCCCUGUCCUCUCACCGGGAAAAACCUCUACGGUCUACGAUUACCUUUUUUUUUUUUUUUUUUUUUAAAAAAAAGGCAUAUGUAUAUUUUUUCCUCAUAUCAUACUGGGUUAUGGUCUUUGUCACUGGACUGGCUUUUUGUCAAGUAGCCAUAUGUGUCUCCUUAUGACAGUUGGAGAAGGCCUUUGGCUUAACGCCUUUUAUUGUCCUCCUCCCUCAUCUUUGCCAUCCAGCUAUUAAAUAUAGCUUUUUUUGAUACUGUAACAUCAGUCCAGAUAUCCUCUUUUUGUUGAAGUGUUUGGAUAUUCAUGAAAUUCUUACCGUUUCAUGACUUCUAGAAUGCUGUGAACAUUGUUAAACUGCGUUGACAGAGAGGUGUCCCAUUGUUGGUCAUUGUGUGUGAACGUAUAAGUCUACAUUUACAUCUCUCUACAUGCAUGUGGGUACCCUCUUCAGUUAGGGUCUAAAAGAGGUGAUACAUUCAUAAUGUACCAAGUCCAUUUCAUAGAUGACAACAGAUUAUGUUUGUGUGUGUGUGUGUCAAGAAAACAAAUUGUGAAUUUUAUGCAUCCUAAUAUUGGUGGAGAUUCCUAUUGUGUUUGAUAACAUAAGGAUCUUACUUGAAGUGCUUUAUAAAAGUUUACAUUGAUUAUGGCCUCUUAGUCUCUAGACAGAGAGUUGGUCCAAUGUGUAACCCAGUUGAACAUGUUGAUAGUAUAUUGCUAGUGCAGUAUUUAUUUCUUGUGAUGAGUGUCUGCCCAGCCACUAGAGGGAAGCAUUGCAGAUGUUUUGUACAUGUUUUGCUUCCAAUUUUUGGUUUUGCUUUACAUUGUUGACAUACCACACUACACACACACACUUACUCACUGUCUAACAUUGGAUAGAACACAGACCUUCAAGGAAAAUAUUCUUCAACUGUAAGAUAUAGUUUGUAUUGCAGACUCCUGUUUGAUAUGCUUUAGUGAAAUUACACUGAGUGGGACUUAGUAUCAGAGAAUGGGUGUGGAAAAAUGAUCACGUUUCUGACUCUGGUGGAGUCUUGUGUAAAUAUCAAAUUUAUUGAGCAGAUAAAGUUGACGCUGAGUUCACUCUGACGAGAAUUUGUUUAUCAGUUGACUGUGUGUUUUUUCCUUUAUGUGAGACAAUUUUAAAUUUAGAAAUCAUGGUAUCUUAAGUUAAUGGUAAUAAAUAAGUGAUAAAAAGUU